UGAACUAAAUCGCUGCGACCGGAGACAGAGGUAUGCGUUCGAUACGGUAAUUUAUUUUUAUCAUCGCUUGAUGCUUGCGACUCCUGUUACGGAGUACUCCCGUGACUGUCGAUGGGAGAACCAAGACAAGCAACGAGAUAGGAAGAAGGGGACCCUGGUACCUGCGCCGUGAAAUCUGAAACAGUGGCCACACUGACGAGUCAUGUAUGUACGAGUAUUUGAGCGGGGGGACCGAUGAGAGACCUCAGCCAGGUCUACGAUCCCUGGCAGCCUUGAGUCGGCGGCGAACUAACUGCGUGGCGGUCAAAGGAAAGGUCAAGGUGCGCAAUGCCACUGUGAUGCUCAUGGCUGGGUGCUUGAACGGGUUAAUGAUAGUCCUUUGGAGGAAGGCAGAGGAGGUACCACCACUCACACACAAGACAAGACAAGAUAAAGUGACAAGUUGGUUUCGAUUGGCUGUUGGACUAAGGGCUGUCAUUGUCCGCCAAUUGACCCAUGACGUGGACAAGUCAAGUCCCGUGGUCGAACUAAACCCGAUUGUUGCAAAUCAUAACAAUAACGACGUAGAUGAAUCAUGUGCUAUUUGCCUGAUCAAGGCGACAGAAUUCUGCGGAGUAGUGAUACACCAGCAAACACUCUGCCAAGUUCCGCUCCCAAUUGAUCAGGUCCAAUGCAGUCAAGAGACCGACUAUUGAGUUGAAAUGAGAGGAUUGGAGGCUUGCAGAUGAUGGCAAUCAACAGUAACCGAAAGUUCUUUAUUGGCAACCGGCCCUAUCGCCGACCGACCGAACCCAAAAAGUGGAUUCUAGGUGCAAUGGAUCA